AUGUCACUCCAUCUUCUCACUCCCGAGCUGGUCCUGAUCAUCGCAGGAUUUUUGUCCCGCAAAAAAGACCUCAACUCCCUGGCCCGCACCAGCCACUAUCUCUACCAGUGGGUCAACCCCCGUCUGUACAAACACGGGGUCCGCACCCGAGCCAACCGUCUGCUAUAUUGGGCCACCGCCGAGGGCCAAUUAGAAACCCUCAAGAAAGCACUCAACACUGGCGCCAAGCUCCCCGCCCCUUACGCCCCUGCAACCGACGCCCAUUGCGAUAUCUCCGACGUGGAAUAUUACAGGGAAAAUGAACGUGAUGAAGAAGCUUCCCGACAAAUGGACAUAGGUCACCCGAUUUCCAUCGCCGGCGCGGACCCGGCCCGCCUUGGUAAGACAGGUUGCGGUCCACUAGAAAGUGCUGCAAUGUGCAACAGUCUCGAAAUCUUCAAGUAUCUGCUCGCUCAAAUGCAGAAGCUGAAGGGCUCGGCUACAUAUCAGCAACAACUUGGAGAUGCGUUGUGUUCAGCGGUAUGCGCCCAAACAAAAAAGGAAGUCAUUGAGUUGCUGCUCCAAAGCGGCGCUCGAGUCAACCACAUCUAUCGCGAUGAAGCCCAAACUGCCCUGUUCAAUGCAGUCCGCAUCGGAGACAAGAAACUAGUCCGCCUAUUGCUCGAUCACGGCGCCGACCCAAUGAUCGAAGUUCAACGAUGGGAUAGUCCGAUCCUGGUAUGUGCCGCAUGGCGCGGCCACCACGCCAUCGUAUAUAUGCUGGUGAAGAACCACCCUGAGCUGGAGCGUCAGGUUGCAGACGCCAUGUUUGAGGCCGCGCGCUGGGGCCAGGAAAGCAUGACCAAUUAUUUCCUCGCCAAGGGCGCGAACCCCGAUCAUAUCAGGAACGGCACUCGAACCGCUCUGUCGCAUGCGGGGGAAGCUGGCCACGCAGGUAUAGCCGAGGUUCUUCUCGCCGCCGGCGCAGACCUCACAGCCCCUGACGCAAAUGGACGAACCCCGAUCUGGUACGCCAUGCAGACCCGUCAUAAAGCAGUGAGAGUUGCCUUCUGCCAACAUUCCCUCUCGGAUGUGAAACCCUACCUGUAUAUGGAACCGGAUGAGACUUAUGUCCCAGAGGAGUUGCCUCCUGCUUGGGAAGCACGGUAG